GUCACUUUGUUUGUACGUAGUGUAGUAGGAGUUGUACCUGGUUAAAUUCUAUAAAUACCCAAAUAUUCAAUUUUUGCUGGUAAAGUUCAUCUCUUUCGUUCCUUCGAAACCCUAACAAUGGCGAAAUCUCUUCUUUGUUAUCCUUGUUUUUAUUGCAAUGGAGGAUAUCCUCCUUGUUAUCCUUGUUCAGAUUGCGUUCGAUGUAUUUACAAUCAAUACUUUCCAGCGGAAUCUGAUUUAGAUGAUAUCGAAAAUUGGUACCAGAACCGAGUUUUCGAAGAUGAAAUACGUGCUCGUGAUGCUAUAAUAGAAAUUCUUGAGAGAGAAAAUCAGCGUCUUGAUAGAAAAUGGGUUUCUCACCUUGCUGAGCUAGCUGAGAGCCUGAGAUGGUGCCUUGUGAAAUAGACAAGAAGGAGCUUGCUGAAAUAGCUAAGAAGCCGUUAUCUAUGGAAUGCACGGAACAGGUUCGUGAAAUGGUUAAGAAGCAUUU